AUGAAUCUAAAAAACGUAAAACUGCAAAAUAUAAUUAUUUUUAUUAGCGUAUUUAUUACGUUUAACAUCGAUUUUAUUCAAUGUCAAACUCGAAUUAAGCCGGGUCAAAAUUCUUUAUCCGAGCGUGUACAACAAUUAGCAGAAAUGGCUAUGAAAAAGCCUGUUUUUAAAUUUAAUGGAGCUAAAUUCAAAGAAUUUGUAAAAACACCACCGAGGAACUAUUCUAUUAUAGUUAUGUUUACAGCUAUGGCACCGCAGCGUAAAUGUCAAAUAUGCCAGCAUGCUCAUGAGGAGUUUGUUACAGUGGCUAAUUCAUUCCGAUACUCUCAAUUUUAUUCAAAUAAAUUAUUUUUUGCGACUGUAGAUUUUGAUGAAGGAUCAGAUGUUUUCCAAAUGAUGCGAUUGAAUACUGCACCUGUAUUUAUACAUUUUCCUGCAAAAGGGAAACCCAAAUCAGCCGAUACAAUGGACAUACAAAGAGUCGGAUUUAGUGCAGAAGCAAUAGCAAAAUGGAUUUCAGAACGUACCGAUAUUCAGAUCCGUGUGUUCAGGCCUCCUAAUUAUUCUGGCACAGUAGCAGUUAUAAUGUUAUUACUUUCAAUUGGAGGAUUCUUAUAUUUAAGACGUAAUAAUUUAGACUUCAUUUACAAUAAAACCAUUUGGAGUUUAGGAGCUAUGGUAAGCUAA